CUGCUGGAGCUGUUCCGGGGCGGCGGUGUCCGGGCAGGGUGUUGUUGGCUGCAGGUCUCCGCUGUCCGGCUCUCCGCCAUGUAGCGCCGCGGAGCCGCCGCCGUCCAUGAGCCGCCGUGUGUCCGCCGCGUGUCCGCUCUCCGUCCGCCUGGGCCGCGGCUCAGCCUCGCCUGCUUCAGCCCCGGAGCUGCGGGUCAGUGUUUACCAGCCUGAGAGCGGCCAGCUAUACACUUAGAAAGAAGCAAUGUGGCAGAGUGUGGGAUUAACACUGCUGGUCAUCGUGGCCACGCUGGUCUGUGUGCUGCUCUUCAUGCUUUUCGGUUGGUACGUGGUGUGGCAGCUCUUCCUGUCCAAGUUUAAGUUCCUGAGAGAGCUGGUGGGGGACACGGGUUCUCCCCAGGCCGAAACGGAACCGUGUGAAUCAGAGAGCGAGCGCAGCUCCCCGUCGACCCCCCGACACCGGCCCAAGACUGCCCGCCAAAGAGUCGCCCCUUCGAGCAGCACUACAUAAAAAAUAUAAACCUGCCUCGACAGUUUACCAGAGAUCCGGGCAGAACGUCCUGCUGCUCUAAACUCACCUUAAUCCCACCUUCCCACCUUUUCUCCUGCGGUAACCGGAGGCGGUUUUCCCCUCUCUCCAGGCUUUUCCUCGGUUCUAGACGUCUCUGUUCUGCUCUGGACAGUAGCAGGUCCAGGAUAUGGACCUGAUUUGAAGCUCGUGGAGCUGACGGAGCUCUAGUGGACUGUCUCAAACCCCUUCCUUCAGUUUGAUUAGUGAAUGUGUGCAACAGCUCUAAAAAAAAAAAAAAAUAAAUAAAUAAAUAAAAAAAAGGCCUAACUGGCUUUUGCUGUCAUGCUGCUACUCAUUUCAUUUAGUGUGAGUUCACAAAUACUGCUAAUUAGGGAGCGUAUGAUUGCACUUCAUUCAUCAGUUACUUCAUGACCAGAGAAAAAAAAGAGAAAGAGAAAGAAAAGGAGGGAUCGGAUGAUCUUGCAGUUAUGUACACUAACUCUAACUCUUUUAACCCUGACGUUUUCUCAUGAUGUGCAAUGGAAAAGAACACAAAUAUGUCAAAUUCCAGCUUCAGAAAGAAAAACAUCUCAACCACCUUCAGCGAGGCCAUAGAAUAAGCUGAAACCCUCCAGCAGCAGAUGAUUUAAGAUGAUUUUGAGAUGAUUUGAGAUGAUGUCAGUGAGGUGUUCUUCGUGCUAAUGCUGGCGUCCUGGUGCUCCAGACAUGGCAUAGUGCUUUUAAUAUAGCUGCCAUGGUUGCCUCUGAGCCUGGAGGUUGGACUUGCCCUUUUAAACCCAGAUCUAGGACCUGCUUUUCUAAAGCCAAGCUGUAGAAUAAUGCAUUACAGUAGAUGAAGCUGAUGAACACGGAUCUAAAGAGCUCAGAUCUGUGACCUGUGGGGCAAAUCCAUCCUCCUACCUGACCAGAAUAUCCCUAGAAAGCGUCUGCGUCCACCUGCGUCCAGUGAACUGGCAUAGUUAGCAAUGUGAGCUGCCAUAUUUAGAUUUUAGAAUCCUUAUUUUUUGGUUCAUGUUUUUUUUUCUUUAAUGGCAGUAGCUGUAUUUUCCCCUUCAUAAUAAAUUGCAUAAAAUCUUAGAAAA